AUGCGCUGCAGGGGCUGUGCUGCCGACCUGCUGCCCUCAACCUCCCGGAGUCUCAGGGCCCUGUCCACCAAGACUCGGGCGGCAUGCGGUCACGGCAGUAACGAGGCCCCAGGAGACGCCAGCACUUUGAGAGGCACCAUGACCAUCACCACCAUCAUCACCAUCAUCACCAUCACCACCAUCACUGCCAUCAUCACCAUCAUCACCAUCAUCGCCAUCAUCACCAUCACCACCAUCAUCACCAUCACCGCCAUCAUCAUCACCAUCAUCACCAUCAUCAGCACCAUGACCAUCAUCACUAUCAUCACCAUCAUCACCUUCUCCACCAUCAUCGCCAUCAUCACCAUCACCACCAUCACUGCCAUCAUCACCAUCAUCACCAUCAUCGCCAUCAUCACCAUCACCACCAUCACCAUCACCGCCAUCAUCAUCACCAUCAUCACCAUCAUCAGCACCAUGACCAUCAUCACUAUCAUCACCAUCAUCACCUUCUCCACCAUCAUCGCCAUCAUCACCAUCACCACCAUCACUGCCAUCAUCACCAUUGUCACCAUCAUCGCCAUCAUCACCACCAUCAUCACCAUCAUCACCAUCACCACCAUCAUCACCAUCACCACCAUCACCGCCAUCAUCAUCACCAUGAUCACCAUCACUGUCAUCAACAUCAUCAGCACCAUGACCAUCAUCACUAUCAUCACCAUCAUCACCAUCACCACCAUCACUGCCAUCAUCACCAUCAUCACCAUCAUCGCCAUCAUCAUCACCAUCAUCACCAUCAUCAGCACCAUGACCAUCAUCACUAUCAUCACCAUCAUCACCUUCUCCACCAUCAUUGCCAUCAUCACCGCCAUCAUCACCGUCGUCACCAUCAUCACCAUCGUCACCAUCAUCACUAUCAUCACCAUCAUCACCUUCUCCACCAUCAUUGCCAUCAUCACCAUCACCACCAUCACUGCCAUCAUCACCAUCGUCACCAUCAUCGCCAUCAUCACCACCAUCAUCACCAUCACCACCAUCACCGCCAUCAUCAUCACCAUGAUCACCAUCACUGUCAUCAACAUCAUCAGCACCAUGACCAUCAUCACUAUCAUCACCAUCAUCACCAUCACCACCAUCACUGCCAUCAUCACCAUCAUCACCAUCAUCGCCAUCAUCACCAUCACCACCAUCAUCACCAUCACCGCCAUCAUCAUCACCAUCAUCACCAUCAUCAGCACCAUGACCAUCAUCACUAUCAUCACCAUCAUCACCUUCUCCACCAUCAUCACCAUCACCACCAUCACCACCAUCACCGUCACCAUCAUCAUCAUCAUCACCACCAUCAUCGCCACCAUCUUCACUAUUGUCACCAUCAUCAUUGUCAUUGUCAUCAUGCUCAUCCCAUUGUCACCAUCGAGCUGA